AUGGUGAAAACAACAGAAAAUAAUUCAGAUACAGCAGCAACAGAGCAACUAGCUGCACACCCAGCUCAAAUUCCGACUCAUCCAGAUGAGAAAAAAAGUCUACCAGCACCAAAUAUUGUUCCUGAUGGAGUGUCACCACCAAUACAACAUCCAUUAGAUCCAUUAAAUGCUGAUGAAAUAAACUUAACAACACGAUUACUUCUGGCAUCAUCAAAGUUUCAAAAACAUAUGCGUAUUAUAGCAAUAACUCCAAAUGAACCUGACAAUAAACAAUCUGUUCUUGAUUAUAAAUCAAAAGAUCAAUUACAACGACGUGCUACUGCAACAGUUCGUGAUCCCAAAGGUCGAACAACUUAUGAGUUUGUUGUUGAUUUAACAAAUAAAACUGUUGAAAAAUGUACUGAAUACAAGAAUGGUCAACCUGGCUUAACAUUUGACGAAAUGGUUGAAGGGGAUGAUUUACUUCGUGCAAAUAAAGACUUGUUAGCUGCAUUUGCAAAAAGAAAUAUUAAAAUGGAUGAUGUUGUUUUUUAUCCAUUUUCAUCUGGUUAUCGUGAUGAAACAGAUUCAUCAUCUAAAAGACGAAUCUAUCGUCCAUAUGCUGCUGUUAGAAAACAUCCAGAAGAUAAUUAUUAUGCACAUCACAUUGAUGGUCUUGUUAUUACUGUUGAUUUAGAUUCGUUUACAGUUGAAGUUGAAGAUCAUGCUAUUAUACCAAUAGCUCCAAAAUCUGGUAAUUAUGAUCCAGAAGGUAUUAAAUCACCAGACAAUGU